AUGAACGUUUCGUUUUCUGCCAACUCUCUCUCGGUCUCAAACUCUAGAAACCGACUUAUUUCGUUUCGAGAAACCGAACAAGGUGACAAAAAAAGCUCCGAAGAAUGGAAGACAUCGACGAAAAGCGAAGCCCUCUCAAUCAUGGAGGGAGAGUUGGCUUCACUGUUGAACACCUCUCCGGAUGCCAAACUCGAUCAUUACAAAAUGGAGCUCUCCGGUUUCCGUAACCUUUUCGCUCGUUUCCUUCGUGCCAAGCCGACAGUCGAUUGGUCAAAAAUUGAGCCUCUUCCAGAGGGAGCUAUUCGUCCGUAUAAAAGUCUGGGAACUGUUUCCGCCAAAGACAUCAUUGCUGCCCAACUUCGCAAGCUAGUUGUCGUCAAACUCAACGGAGGUCUUGGAACAUCGAUGGGAUGCAAAGGACCAAAUAACUUUCAGACUUUGAACAAGACUUAUGGAGUCGAUGUCCCUCUAGUGCUCAUGAACUCGUUCAACACCAAUGAGGACACCAGCAAGGUGCUCAAGAAGUAUUCCAAUGUCAAGGUCUCCGUUCACACCUUCUCCCAAUCCCAGUAUCCACGCAUCAACCGUGAGACUCUUCUCCCAAUUGUCAAGUCUCUUGAUGGAGAUGACAAUGAGUGCUGGUACCCACCAGGUCACGGAAACUUCUACGAGGCCUUCCACAACUCGGGACUUCUCGACAAAUUUAUCGCCGAUGGAAAAGAGUACUGCUUCUUGUCCAACAUUGACAACAUGGGAGCCACCGUGGAUCUCUCCAUUCUCAACUUUGUACUCAAUCCACAAGCCGAACAAGAGGCUCCAGAAUUCUUGAUGGAAGUCACUGAUAAGACUCGUGCUGAUGUCAAGGGAGGAACUCUUAUCCAAUACGAAGGACGGCUUAUGCUUCUCGAGAUUGCUCAAGUUCCAAAGGACUACGUUGAUGAGUUCAAAUCUAUCAGCAAAUUCCGAAUUUUCAAUACUAACAAUUUGUGGGCCAAACUCAGUGCUAUGAAGAGAGUUGUGACUGAAAAUAAGCUUGAAAUGGAGGUCAUUGUUAAUCCAAAACAUCUCGACCGUGGACUCGAUGUCAUCCAACUGGAAACUGCUGCCGGAGCAGCCAUCAAAUCGUUCCGUGGAGCCGUUGGAGUGAAUGUGCCGCGUUCCCGUUUCUUGCCAGUCAAAAAGACUUCUGAUCUUCUUCUCCUGAUGUCAAACCUCUACGAUAUUGAUAAUGGAUCCCUAACCCUAUCUCACCAGAGAUCUUUCCCAACAACCCCACUCGUCAAACUGGGAUCUUCAUUCGAUAAAGUCAAGGACUACUUGGGCCGUUUCAAUGGUAUUCCAGACUUGCUCGAGUUGGAUCAUUUGACCGUAUCCGGAGACGUUUGGUUCGGCAAAGAUGUAUCGUUGAAGGGUACUGUCAUCAUUAUUGCCAAUCAUGGUGAUCGUAUCGACAUUCCACCUGGAUCGAUUCUCGAGAAUAAGAUCGUCUCCGGAAACCUGCGCAUUCUGGAACACUAA